UGGCAGCGCCCACGAGACGCGAAUGGGGGUCGUUUGUUUACGCUGUGGCACCGUAGAAGAGACGCGUCCCGGCCCCUCGCACCGUCACCGUGUGCAUGUCUUCCACGUCAGUCACCCUCCUUAUCCUAAAUAACUAACGUACCCACUCUGCGUUUAUGGUUUACGCUUAAAAGAAAAGCUUACGGAGAACUUCGUCUCACAGUGUCACCAUGCCUGCCUUUUGCUCUGCUUACGGCUGUCCGAGAACCAACGGCAGAGAUGAUAUUCUUGGACUCUCCGGAGACGGAACCAGCGGGCACACUCCAAGACCAAGUCAUUGCAGCGAUAGAGAUUCUGAUGACAUCGCAACUGAGCCAAUGUAUGAUGCAGCACCGGGUCUGUAUUGCGAGUCGGGAGAAGCUGUAGACACAUCAUUCGAGCCAGCAUGUGAGGCGGGCCAUGUCACCGAUAAGUCUGUUCAAGUGCGACUAGUAACCCGCCACGAAGCAUCACAAGCAGAUGAAAAGAAAAUUCUGUCAACGAGUGCUACACAAACAGAGGCUCAAGCUGUUUCUUCAGGUGCAUUGCCUUUUGCGUCCCUGGAGCCGUCUUCUUCAUUGGCGCCUGUACGCGGUCGACUGCAUUCCUGCCAGCAGUGCACCUAUGUGACACGAAAUAAGGCACAGUUGACGAGACACCUUGGGAAACACAUGGGCGAGCGCCCCUUCCAGUGCCGCAUGUGUCCAGCUACAUACACUCAGGAAUCCAAGCUGGUGGCUCACAUGCGCACUCACACAGGAGAGCGUCCCUUUUCCUGUGUCUACUGCAACGCAUCCUUUUCGCGGAAAGAUUCUCUCAAUAUCCACAUGCGCACGCACACAGCAUUGCGUCCCUUUUCCUGUACCCACUGCAAUGCCUCGUUUUUGCAGAAAUACGACCUCGUGAGGCACAUACGCACGCACACAGGAGAGCGUCCCUUUUCCUGUGUCCACUGCAAUGCAUCCUAUUUGCAUCAAUACCACCUCGUGAGACACAUUCGCACGCACACAGGAGAGCGUCCCUUUUCCUGUGUCCACUGCAAUGCAGCCUUUGCGCGGAAAGACUAUUUAAAUUUACACAUGCGCUCUCACACAGCAGAGCGUCCCUUUUCCUGUACACACUGCAGUGCCUCCUUUGUGCAGAAAUACUACCUCGUGAGACACAUGCGCACGCACACAGGAGAGCGUCCCUUUUCCUGUGUCCAGUGCAAUGCAUCCUACUUGCAGAAAUGGCACCUCGUGGCGCACAUGCGCAUUCACACAGGAGAACGUCCCUUCUGCUGUGUACACUGCAACGCAACUUUUGUGCAGAAAAAGAACCUCGUGAGACACAUGCGCACGCACUCUGGAGAGCGUCCCUUUUCCUGUGUCCAUUGAAAUGCCUCGUUUGUGAUGAAAGGCUAGCCUUUCAGCACAUGAGCACUCACACACGGGAGCGUUGCUUCAACUGUGUCCACUGCAAUGCGUCCUGUUCUCGAAAAACCGGCCUCGUGGUGCACAUCCGCAGUCUCAUACCCUUGUCACACGGGUAAGCUU